GUGCUGCAUGCAUCGUACAUUUUGCCCCGCGGUAAAAGUCUAAUGGGUAUCACCGGUGUGACUGACUUCCCUGUAGGCAGUGCUCUGUGGCUGUGGCUGGCCGCACGGCGUAGCUUUUACAUGAGGCACAGCUCUACGCCUCGAUGCCUGGCGCAUAUAUGCAACACCGCCAUCUCCCUCUUCUAGCAUGACUGCUGCGAAUUCAUGAAGACUCUUCUCACGCUCUUCGCCGGAGGUUAACAACUCCAAGUGUAUAUCACCCUCGAUCCGCCACUGCCACGAACAUUCUCCCCUUUCUAGAAGACCAUCGCAUGUGACGAUGGCUGAAUACGCCCUCGCCCUCUUCGAAGCAGCCAAGAAGCAAUUCGGCGAUCUCUUUUCGGGUUUGUCGAAACUCACCUGGGAACAGGCCGGCCCACCCAUCAUCGGCUACGUCAAAACGCAUCCGUCCACGACCGCGCUACAACUCGCGACCUUUCUGGCCGUAGUGUUCCCGGCGAUCGUUACGGCGCCGACGUUCCCGGUGCUUGGUUUGGGGAGUCUGGGGCCUGUAAAAGGUAGAUUUCACCCUUUCUCCCGUCCUAUACUUUUGUUUCUUGCCGUUCCGCAUCGGUUGUCCCGUUGCGAUUUCAGAACCUCGUCUGUAAUUCGAUUGUGAGCUUCCAAAUUGACUGAAACGUAAUAGGUGGAGUCGCGGCUGCCUUUCAGUCGCAAUUCGGCACUCCGGCGCUGUUCUCAAUCAUGCAGAGUGCCGCCAUGGGAGGAUCUGGAGUUCAUACUGUCAAUGCUGUUGCUCAAGGAGGUA